AUGCUGCAUGAUCAGGUCCACUUGAGGCGUUCUGCACCUGUGCCGCCCGCGGUGUCUGAUUAUAUCGUCCUAUCAGUGCUGAGAAACGAAAAAGUACUGAUUCGUACCUGCAAGAAUCGUAUGAUAACGACCAAUCACGAACGUCGGAAGGUAUGGGAGGAGAUUGCGGCAAAAAUCAGAAAACGAUUCAACGUGAUGAUGACCUCAGCUCAAGUUCAGACACAUUUUAACAACAGAAGAAAACGAACUCUGUACUCUGGUCAACUACUCGAGAAAACGUGUCAGCCACCCAACGGUGCUUUGGGAAUAGAUGAAAUCGUGGAAAAAAUGAACACCAAGUUCUGUGAAAUAGAUGCUCAACUAUACCGAUAUUACGCAGAGCAUGCUGAACAACAGUCAAAUCAAAAUGCUACCACUAGUGCCCCAAGGAACUACGAUAUUCGCCAGCGACCACCGAUGAGAUUCGACGCCCUUCUGAUGGAAAGUGAUCCAGAUGUUUCCGAUGAUGACGAUGAUCCUAUGUAUGAGCCUCCACCGAACUCAAAAAAUCUGUUGAAGAACGAGGUGAGCUUUUUGUUAAUUUGA